AAACUUCUGUCAGUUACUACUGCUACAAAAAGACCGUUUUCUUAAUUUUUAACAAUGUCCGUUGACAAAGUAAAUUCCAAAUGCCAGAAACUUUAGAUUACUAAAUUCAAGAAUUGUCUUUUUACUAACUACUUUAUUCCUAACGAUAUGAAUCUUCUUGUUUACGAUUUCAGCACAACAAUACUUUUGCGUGGAUACCACCCACCCACCCCUUUUAAAGUCACAACCCCAUAUCAUCACUGGUUUCUGAGACUGUUCUUGGAACUGUGUUAUUAGUAAUUAAGUUUAAUUUACACACAAAAGUGGAGAAUUAUGAGAUAAUAGAGAGAGUGCCCAUAUAGCCUUUUUGGUGGAUUCAGCUCAACCACCUAUUCAAAGUGUCCCUACACAUAAACCCAAUUCAUUUAUUGGAUUCUGAGACUGUUUUUAUUGUGGUAAUUUACAUAAAGAAAAGAAAGUUUGAAGCUUUAUUGGAUUCUUUGGUUGAUCACACAAAGAAUGGAGUUUUGAUUGGAGAUAAAAAGUAUGGGAACUGCUGUGGCUGGCUUCUCUUGUUUCCAAUUCCUUUUCCUUUAUUCACCUAAUUUUGAAAGGAUUGUGAGAGAGACUGUAGAAUAUGAAGAAUGUUAGUUGGGUCAACAAAAGAGGAAGACCUCGGACUAGUUUGAAAGUGCGCAAGAUAUUGAAUUGCCUAUGCUCGUCUGAACAAAUUCUGAUGGACGAAAUAAUCCAAUCUCCUGAAUCCCUUGCAACUAAGGAUUACACAGCAAGUGUUCAUUCAUCACAAGCUGGAGAAGCUGGCCUAAAGCCUGAUACUGGCAAUAUUGAAGAAGCUGAAUCAUCUUUGCGUGAGAGUGGCUGUUUGAAUUAUGAGGAAGCAAGAGCAUUACUAGGAAGAUAUGAGUACCACAAGGGGAAUAUAGAGGCUGCUCUACAUGUUUUUGAAGGGAUAGAUAUUGCCUCGGUGACUCCUAAGUUGAAAAUCACCCUUGCCGAAAGAGCGAAAACUCAAAAGAGACGUUCACAGAGUUUUUCUACGCCACCAAUGUCCAUAAAUGCUGCGAGUUUGCUCCUGGAAGCAGUCUUUCUCAAAGCAAAAUCGUUGCAGGCGCUUCAGAGGUACAAAGAAGCUUCUCAAUCAUGUACAGUAGUUCUGGACAUUCUCGAAUCUUCUUUUCCAGCAGGCUUUCCUGAAACCUUUGGUAGUGACUGUAAACUGCAGGACACUCUCAGCAAUGCUGUUGAGCUGCUCCCUGAAUUAUGCAAACUUGCAGAUGCUCCUCGAGAAGCAAUUAUGUCAUACCGCCGAGCUCUUCUGCAUCCAUGGAAACUUGAGAUCCAGGCUACUGCAAGGAUUCAGAAGGAAUUUGCCAUUUUUCUUCUCUAUAGUGGAGGUGAAUCAUGUCCACCUAAUCUCCGAUCUCAAAUGGACGGUUCAUUUGUCCCCAGAAACAAUAUUGAAGAGGCUAUUCUUCUCUUGAUGAUUUUGUUGAAAAAGAUUUUUCUACAAAGGAUUGAGUGGGACCCUUCAAUUCUUGACCAUCUCUCAUAUGCAUUAUCCAUAUCAGGGGGUCUAAAGGCUCUGGCUAACCAAGUAGAAGAGUUGCUUCCCAGAACUAUAGAUCGGCAAGAGAUGUAUCUUAUCUUAGCUCUAUGUUAUUAUGGAGAAGAAGAUAACUUCGCUGCAUUGGACUUGUUGCGGAAACUGUUUAGUACAGAGGAUCACACUUGUGUUCCAGGUUUGUUAUUGGCUUCAAAAUUAUGUGCUGAAAUCCCAGAUUGUGCAAACGAAGGGAUAAUUUAUGCUCAUACAGCUAUUAGAAUCGAGCAAGAAAGAUGCAGUCAGUUGAUGGGUGUUGCCAAUUGUGUAUUAGGCCUCUCACUUUCAGCUCAUUCUAGAGCAAUGGCGACAGAUUCCGAGAGGGUUAAGAUACAAUCAGAAGCACUUAAGUCCUUUGAAUCUGCUGGGAAACUGACAAAGAUGAGUGAUGCUAAUGUCAUUUAUCAUCUUUGUCUAGAAAAUGCAGAGCAAAGGAAGUUGGAUGCCACAGUCCAUUACGCAAAGUGGUUGCUUAAAUUGGAAGGUGGUUCUACUUUGAAAGGGUGGAUGUUGUUGGCUCGGGCAUUAUCAGCUCAGAAACGGUUUAUGGAUGCUGAAACUGUUAUUAAUGUUGCCUUAGACCAAAGUGGAAAGUGGGAUCAUGGAGAACUGUUGAGGACCAAAGCUAAACUCCAAAUUGCGCAGGGUCAAGUGAAAAAUGCUAUAGAAACUUAUACUCAGCUUCUUGCAAUUCUUCAGGUUAAGAGAAAAAGCUUCAGAUUGGGGGAAAAUCUCAAGGAGUUUGGAGACCAUUGCAGAACAUUGGAGCUGGAAACCUGGCUGGAUCUUGCCUCCAUUUACAUAAAUUUAUCUCAGUGGCGAGAUGCGGAGAUGUGUCUUUCCAAAACUGAGGCCAUUUGUUCAUAUUCGGCUCGUAGAUCGUAUACUGCUGGUUUGCUUAACCAAUCGAAGGGCCUAUAUAAAGCAGCGCUGAGAGAUUAUUGCAAUGCUUUGGCUGUUAAUCCGUCCCACGUGCCAAGUCUUGUAUCAACUGCGGUGGUGCUUAGGAAGACAGAUAAACAGUCUCCUGCAAUUAUUCGAAGCCUUCUCACAGAAGCACUACGGCUUGAUCGGAUGAAUGCUUCUGCGUGGUAUAAUCUGGGCCUGCUUUACAAGGAGGAAGGUUUAGGUUCAGCAUUGGAGGCUGCUGAGUGUUUUGAAGCUGCUAUUCUUCUGGAAGAAACUGAACCUGUCGAACCAUUUAGAUGACUUCCUCCCUGUAUAUAAUUUAUCACAGAUUUUCAAAAUGGCAAUCUCUGCAGCUGAUGAAUCCAUCUUGCGAGCUGUGAAUUUGUAGUUUAAUGAGAGAGUGGGAAGAGAAUAAAUUAUGCUUUUGUUUCUUGACCAUGUUUUUGAAGAUGGUAGUCGAGGUGAGUCCAAAGAGUUCAUUAUUGUACUGCAGAAACAUUGUUGCCUUAUAGUUUGCAGUAUUCCAAGUCCUAUACCUAUUGUUCUGAAGCCACCCUAAAACCCCAUAACGUACCGUGGAAAAUUUGCUUUGGUCGAGAGGUACAAUUUUAUUUUGGCUUCAGGAACGGAUCGAGGAAGAGUUUUUCGGAUAACUUUGCUGUUGAUUUCUGAAGCUGGAGCUUUUGGCAAGUAAGUGUUGGAACAGCAGAAUGCAUCAUCAGGUACUAUUCAACUAAAGAUGUAUAGCUUUAAAAGUUGAAGCUCAUUACUCAUGAGAGCUACUGGUACCUCCAGAUGAUCUUAUAAGAAUAGGGGAGAUUGAAGACUUGCUACGACUUUGUCCCUCCAUUAUGCGAUUUAACAGGGGAAAAUAAAGGAGAAAAACGAGAGUUAAGUGCAUUGUUAUGAUAUUUUUCUCACAGAUAGUGAUCAACAUUCACUGUACUUGCUCUUCUUUGUUCUUACAUGCUCAUUAAAAAUAUAAAAGAUUCAGUGUGGAGGGCCAGGCCAGUGGUGUGAAGUGAUAGAUUUACUGUGAUCUUGAUGUAUUCUGCUUAUCCGAGUGUUAAUAAGUUUCCCUGUACAGUACAUCAAAAGAAAGAAGAAAAAAAGGUAAAAAGAAUUGAAGGCUGCCCCUUGAUCUUCUUAGUA